ACAAAGCCUGGUCUUCGCCACUCUUCUGCGAACUCCAAAAUUCAGUGUGAGAGAGAGGAAUCAGGGUUUUAGAGGAAUUAGGGUUUUAAACAGAAUGGGUAUUGGACUGAGGCCUUACACUGAGAGAACGGGGGAGGGCUUGGGAUUACCGGUCUUCGAUGCCAGCCAAGGCGAGGUUCUCAUCCACACAGUUCCUGCCGUCGCCAUCGUAUUCGAUAAUCGGCCUCCCGAGUUCCCUGGCACUCUAUAUGUCUCCUCCAGUCAAGUGGUUUGGCUGAGUGACGUAGACAUGGCAAAAGGUUAUGCUGUUGAUUUUUUGUCAAUGUCAUUGCAUGCAGUUUCAACAGACCCAGAGGCCUAUCCAUCUCCUUGUCUGUAUGUACAGAUUGAUACUGGAGAUGAAGAAGAGUCUGAUAAUUCAGAUUCAGAAUGUCUUGGUGAAGAGUCUGAGAAUUUAGAUUUAGGUGCAGUUAGAGAGAUGAGACUUGUACCAUCAAAUCCUGCUGAAUUAGAAGCUCUGUUCGAUGUAUGCUGCCAGUGUGCCGAACUUAAUCCUGAUCCUACUGGAGAUGAAGAAGAAGAAGAGCACAACUGGUUUUUUUCUGCUGAUCAGUUGGAAGAAAUGCCAGGACUUUCGGGAGAUGGAGAUGACAAAGAACCAUUUUCCUCUAAUCCAGCAAACUCAAUCGGCCACUCGAACGGGGAUCAUGAUCAACUAUCUCGCACAGUGCUUCAGCUUCAAAUCAAUGAUCAACGUUUUGAGGAUGCAGAAGAGAUGGAACCUGAAAGCAACGGCAAACAUCAUCAUUGAGCUUCUGUGGAAGAAGUCGACCAUCCUCUUUGUGUGUGUUAAACUUCCUGUUGUACACUUGAAACCCUGCUUUAUAUGCAAAUUUUUGUGUGGAACAUUAGACAGGUUAGGGUUUUUAGUCACCUAGUUUCCCUUGGUAGUUUUUACUAAGUUGCUCGAUUACUAAACUUAUUAUGGCUAGUGUUGAAUUUGGAAUACCUACAUAUAUUUUAUAUCUACCAUACUAUCUUGACAAUUAUCAA